GCGUGCGCCUCGUGCACAGAGGGAGGACCUCACCAACUUAUCCAGGCGGGCAUCUCAGUCUCUGUCUCCUUAUCGCGUGAGUCUUUCUAACCCUCCUCGCGCGUCUCUGACUUCAUUUCCACGCGGACACACACGGACCGACAGCAUGCAGGUGUCUGUGGCGCUGCUCGUCUCCAGCUCGGUGCUGCUGCUGCUCCAGGGAUGCUGCACCGCCGUCAGGGGCUGGAGGGUACUAAAGAACGGGGGCACGGAGAUCUUACCGGAGUACAGGGAGAAUACUCGGACACCUCACGAGACGGUACUACCGGCGUCUAACGGCGGCAACAACAACAACAACAACAACAGCAACAGCAACAGUAUGAACAACAGGGCGAAGAGCGGCGGCAGGACGGCCAACACUGUCUCCUACAGUGCCUCGGAGCUGAGCUGUCGGGAGCUGCGCUCCACCCGUUACAUCACCGACGGGUCUUGCCGCAGUGCCAAGCCUGUGAAGGAGCUGGUGUGUUCGGGCCAGUGCAUGCCGGCACACCUCAUGCCGAACUCCAUCGGCCGCGGCAAGUGGUGGAGGGGCAACGCUUCGGACUACCGCUGCAUCCCGGCCCACUCCCGGACAAGGAGGGUCCAGCUGCAGUGUCCCAACGGCAACACUCGGACUUACAAAAUCCGCGUGGUCACCUCCUGCAAGUGCAAGCGCUUCAGGCCCCACCACAACCAAUCAGAGGCUAAGGAGGUCCCCAAGACGCAACGCAACAAGAAGCACAGUCGUUUGUCUCAGGACCGGAGCAAGAACAACACGCCGACACUGACGGGCAACUCGUACUGAUGCUCCUCGCCAGCAUCAGAAGGACAAACACCAAAGCACACUCACACACACGUUACACAACACAACAUAUCUCCUCCAGAUAGGGAGGAGAUGCAAAAGAAAUUUCAAAGAGAGCGAAUGCAUAAGCUAAUUGCUGGGCUGGUUUUAAGUCAUCAGUCUUUUCUUUUUCAGCCUCUUGUCAGCAUAUUUGUGAACGUUGCUGCUUAUUUGCAUGACAGAAUGAGUCCGCGCCGGGGGCUCGCCACAACUGUGACUGGUCAGGAGAUGUAGCACCGUGUUGGAUCAUAUGAAACAAGUAUCUGAUCACCCCAGCAGCUCCAAACCUCCCAGGGCUCGUCCUCCACGCAAACAGAUUUCAUUUAAUGAGAAGACCUCCCCGAGGCUUCGAGCCCAUCUGUACAAACAUCCAGCGGAUGCAGAGCUACGCCACAGCACAGCCCCUGUUUAAAGCUGAAAAGGUGUAUCUUCGCUCCAGAGUGGUUGUAAUCCAUCUCCUUUUGGCUGUGUGUGUGUGUGUGGAGGAGAUGGUGGCAGCUCUGGGGGCUCUGACGGUGGGAUGUUGACAAGGUUUUGAGAGGGCCCUGGCCUGCGCGGCGGUCCAGGCAGCUCUCUGACAGCCCACUAAAGGCCUCACUCAUCAGGACAGCCCCACAGCACUCCCCACGCUGCUGCAGCCCCAACCAGGCCUGUCAGUUACAGCAGUUCCCACGACUAGAUACAAAGAGUCAGGAGAGACAGAGAAAUGGAGCGGAGAAGCAGUUUUGACACCACGGGGGCACUGGACAUUCCUGUGACUCCUCUUAAUUACUAAAUGAGCUCAUUCCUGUGCUAUUUGAGUCAUAAAAAGCCAUUUCCUCUAAACAGUUCCUGUUUGCUGGACAGAAAAAAAGUGCACAUGUGUGUAGGAGGCAUCCGAAAAUUGAGCGUGGUUGUGUUGUUACCUAGGGGCAAAGCGUUCCUCCAGCACGCCCACACCGGAAUUCUUUUGUAACGGGCCAAACAGAGCAGCGAUCAACCAUCCACUGCCAGAAUCCAUCCGUUGUGUUUGAGACACUUCCACUCCCUCUCUGCUCCCAGUCUGUAAAUAGCUCAAACAGGAAACAUAGGAAUAAUAAUAACAUAAUGGAAACAGUUUUUAUCAUUGUAUUGACUGAAUCUGGCCCCGCCGCAGACAACACAACCUCCUUCCUCAGCUAUGGGACUGUAUACUUCAUGAAGAAUACCCACGAUGUUUCCGCAUAUUGUCCCUCGUUUUUUCUGCUCAUAUUGCUUCCUGAUUAUUGUUUUUGGUUGUCUAAACUGUACUGACAAUGUUUGCAUCUUUUCCCGAUUGUAUGAUUUGAAAUAGCAACUGGAAGAGGUUUGUCGUGGAAGCUGCAACCCAGUGGCCUGAACAAAUGUUGGCAUAGUACGUUUCUGCAAACCAUGGACACGUUACACAUUUGUACGUCAUUAUGUAGAGGAUAUAUUGAAACUUUACGUGUCUUCAAGAACGCUGUGGUCAGAGUGUGGUUAUAUUUAGGCACAAAAACACCUUGGUUAUGGAGAAGAUCAUGUUUUGGCUUGAAAUACCACAAUCCUGGCAGAGAAGGCAGCAAUGUUUCGGUAAAAAACAACCAAUUUUCGUAGCACUAUCCCCACUGGAAAUGCAGUGAUGUAAUGGUAAAACACAACCAUUUCUCAUGGCACUAUCCCGGCUAGAAACACAGCGAUGACAACCGCAUUUUGUGGCACUAUCCCAGUAGGAAACGCUGUGAUGUCUCCGUAAUAAACAACUGCUUUGGUCGUGCUAUCUCUGCAGGAAACUUGGUGAAACAAAUGCUUUUUGUUGCACCAUCCCAGCUUGAAAUGCAGCAAUGUCUCCACUUUUUGUGGCUCUAUCCCAACUAGAAAUGCAGCGAUGUCAUGGUUAAAAAACAACUGCUUUUCAUGCCACUAUCUUGGCAGGAAACGCAGCGAUGACCUGGUAAAAACAAGUAAUUUUUUUUCAUUGUCCAGGUAGAAAUGCAGCAAUGUCUAGGUAAAAAAAACUUUUGCUUUUUGUGGCUCUAUCCUGGCAAGAACUGUGGUGAUGUUUUGGUAAGAAAUACCCACUUUUUGUGGCACAAUUCCAGCAGGAAAUGUGGGGAUUUCUUCAACUGGCACGAUCCUGGCUAGAAAUGCAGGGAUGUCAUGGUAUAAAACAACUGCUUUUUGUGGCAGGAUCUUAGCAGUAAACCGUGAAAUCUCUGUAAAAAACAGCUGCUUUGGUAGCACUGUCCCAGCAGGCAAUGCGGCAAUUUCUCGGUAAUAAACAACCACUUUCCGUGGCACUAUACACGCUUGAAAUGCAGCAGUGUCUCGGUAAAAAACUUGCGCAUUUUGUGGCUCUAUCCUGGCAAGAGCUGCGGUGAUGUUUUGGAAAAAAACAACCAUUUUUCGUAGCACAAUCCCGACUAGAAACGCAGCAAUGUCACACUAAAAAAAGCUGCUUUUCACGGCACUAUACCGGCAGGAAACGCGGUGAUGUCUAGGAAAUAAACAACCACUUUCCAUGGCACUAUGAAAAAACAAUAACAGAUUGUUAAAAAAACAUGUUUGGUGGCUAAAAAGCAGCUGGAAACACAGCAAAGUCUCAAUAAAGCACAAUCUGUCUCAUGUUUGUUGGUCUCUAACGGUUGUCUACAGUUUGGCAGUCGUCUCGCCUCCAUCCCCUCCACCUACCGAUGACAAAGUCAUCAUAUACUACGUCAGAGAUGUUGAUACGAUACAUAUAAAACGUACAAAUGUAACAUGUGGAUUGCAGAAAUGUACAGUGCCAACAUUUCCCGUGGCGGCUGGGCUGUACACUGAGAGCUGUGAUUGUACAUAUCAUACCUGUGUGGUUCCACUGCAGCGGCGCCCUCACCUGACGGGGUGUUUAAAGAGACGCAGGGAGGGGCCGGGUUGUUUCCUGCAGACACAAAAGAAGGACUGUUAUAAAGAAUGAACUGCAUAUUUAUUUUUUAUUUCCACAUUUAAAUUAUUUAUGCAACCUUUUGUAGUAAAUGAUAGCCAUUAUUGUCAUAUAGUAUGAUAGAGACUGUGGAGAAUGAGAAACUGUACAGAACAUGAAUAAAGUAAAGGCAGAUAUAUUU